AUGAGGUUUCUCACUCCCUCCUCGGCGUAUUCCACCCCCUCGCCGCCCUCGCCAUGCCCCCCCCACACCCCUUCCGAGACCCCCUCCACCCUCACCACAAGGGACGGCAUCCGCCUCACCUACACGCAGACCGGCCCCCGCUCCGGCCCCCCUAUCCUUUUCAUCACCGGCUGGCGCCAAGCGGCCAUCGAAUGGCGCAAACAGUCGGCCUACUUCUCCGCCGCCGGCUUCCGCGUCACCACCUUCGACCUCCGCGGGCACGGCGAGUCCGAGGAGUCUUACUUCGGCUACCGCAUCAGCCGCUUCGCCGCGGACCUCGACGACCUCCUCACCCACCUCAACCUCCACCAAGUCGCCAUCGCCGGCCACUCGAUGGGCUGCUCCGUCGCCUGGGCUUGGUGGGACCAAUACCCCGCGUCGCGCAAGCGCGUCGCAAAGUUCGUCUUCGUCGACCAACCCGCCGCCAUGGUCAAGAACCCGGCCUGGAGCGACGAGUAUGCCGCCGAGAUAUCCUCCAUCUUUACCCCCCUGGAACUCUUUGGCCUGGCAAAUGACAUGUCGGCCCAGCUCGAACCGCUCGUGAGGGGCAUGUUCACCCCCGCCGUGUCGGAGACGGACCUGCAGUGGGUGCUCGAGCAGAAUAGGAAGAUGAGCGACGAGAAUUCGGCGGCGCUGCUGGUGGAUCAUGCGUUUGCGGAUUGGAGGGAUGUGCUGCCGAGGAUCACGGCCAAGAGUUUGGUGCUCGCCGGGGAGGUCAGUGUCUUUCCGCCGAGGGGGGUCGAGUGGGUUGCGCAGCAGAUUCCUGGAGCAGAGUCGUACACUUUUACCGAGGCCGAGAAGGGGAGUCAUUUUGUGUUUUGGGAGAAUCCGGAGAGGUUUAAUGAGGUGGUGGAGGCGUUUUUGAGAAAGUGA